GCGCGUUUGCACAUUGUGUACAUCAUUAUGCAGGCGGCCAUCCAGCCGGUGACAACGGGAAAAUGAAAUCGCCGGUGAAACUUUCCCUCUGGUGGGUGGCGAUAUGGGCUACAGCUGCGGUACCAGCCGUGCAGACUGAAGGCAAUCGUAACGCAACUGUGUAUUGGGAUGCAGUACAGAAGCUGAUGUUUGUGAAGGAGGGAGUGAUGGACAAAAACGGAGCUGCCUAUGGCUAUUUUAAUGACACCUUGAUACACUCGGGCUGGGGUGUGCUGGAGGUACAAGCUGGCUACGGGCCCAAGCUGCCUAAUGUCGAGAACGUCAUGUUUGCCGCUGGCUACUUGGAGGGCUACCUCACAGCACAUAAGAUGUCCGUUCACUACAGCAACAUGUACCCCCAGCUGAUAACGGACCCCAGCAUUAUUGGCCCAGUGACUGACUUCAUGAGUAAACAGGACACUUGGGCUCGGGAGCAGGUCAAGGAGAAAAAGGCCACUGACACCCUCUGGCGUCAUGUGGGCUACGUCUUGGCUCAGCUGGAUGGAAUGCAGGCUGGAGCUGCAGAGUGGGCAAAGCGUAACAGGACAAAGCCCCUGUCUUUGUUCCAAGUUCAGUUCCUCAACUCUAUGGGGGAUCUCCUUGAUCUGAUACCCAUGCUGACCGGCACAGGUCAGACAGCGCUGCGCUCUGACAGCUGGACAAAGAACAGACAAGCCAUGGGCCACUGCUCUGCUCUCAUCAAGGUGCUUCCUGGUUUUGAAAAUGUCCUAAUUGCGCAUUCCAGUUGGUUUGUGUAUGCAGCCACCAAUCGGAUCUACAAGCACUGGGAUUUCAAACUGAAUGAUACGAGCACAACAUCUGGAAAAAUGUCUUUCAGCAGCUACCCAGGAUUUCUGGAAUCUCUGGAUGAUUUUUACCUGCUGGGCAGCGGACUGGUCAUGACUCAGACAACAAACAACAUAUUCAAUCGUGACCUGUAUAAACUGGUGACACCCCAGUCGCUACUGGCCUGGCAACGAGUCCGGGUAGCCAACAUGAUGGCUCGUGGAGGAGAGGACUGGGGGAGAAUCUUUACAAAAUUCAACUCUGGAACAUAUAAUAACCAGUACAUGAUACUGGAUCUGAACAAAAUUGAGCUGAAGAGAUGGAUUGGACCCGGUGCACUCUAUGUGGUGGAACAAAUCCCGGGCAUGGUGGAGUUUUCUGACCAGACUGACAUCUUGCGAAAAGGUUAUUGGCCUUCCUAUAAUGUGCCAUUCCACAAGAAGAUAUACAAUGAGAGUGGCUACCCUGUCAUGUGGGAGCAGUACGGGGAUGACUUCUCCUAUGACUUGUGCCCUCGUGCUAAAAUCUUCCGCCGAGAUCAAAACCGAGUGAAUGACAUUGUUUCAUUGAAACACAUCAUGAGAUAUAACAAUUACAGCAAAGAUCCAUACUCGGAGGGUAAUCCAUGCAAAACGAUCUGCUGCAGAGAAGAUCUUCAAUCAGAGCAGCCCAGCCCUGGAGGAUGCUACGACACAAAGGUAACUGAUUACCACGCAGCCAAACUGUUCUUAGCAGAGGCCAUCAAUGGACCCACAGUUCAAGGAAACCUGCCAGUAUUCAGCUGGAUGAACUUCAAUAGCACGUUACAUGUUGGCCUGCCACCCACCUAUAAAUUCAAAUUUGAAACAAUGAAGCCAACUUUAUUCAAGCCUUAAGGGAUGGAAGCUUCACUUAUGGAACCCACAAGGAAGAAAACAAAUACUCAAACAUCAUACAAAAAUCAUCCCAUCCUUGAACUACAGUCGUGUGAAAAAGGUAAGUAUAUCCCAUGGAAAUCAUUGACGUUUCAAUGUAUUUGAACAGGCAAACAUCUGAUCUAUGCGCAGAUAAAGGUGAUAUACUUGAAUAAAAACACAAAGAAAACUGACCUUUUCAAAUCAAUUCAAUAAAAAAAUAAAAUGUAAGUCCACCCUUGACCUCAGAAGCUGAUAUUGGCCCCUUUGGCAGAAAUAACUUGUUGUAGGCAUUUGCACAGCUGCCCACCACUCUUUGACAUCAACUGGAUGAAAGUUUUGACCCCCAUGCAAAAUUCCUUCAGUUGUAAGAUGUUUGCCGGUUUUCUUAUGUGUACUGCCCAUUUUAAAUCCCCCCCAACAACUUUCCAAUGGGGUCAAAAUCGGGGCUUUGUUUUGGUCAGUCCAUAAUCCUACAUUCCUUCAUUUCAAGUCAUUCCUUGGUGGACUUGCUAGUGUGAAUGGUUAUCAUUUUUAAAGAUCCAUUUCUGAUUCCAUUUCAACUUUUGAACAGAUGGUCUCGUAUUCCUCUCAAGUACACUUUUGAUGUGAUGCAGAAUUCACAGUUGACUUGAUGACUCAAAGCUUCUCAGGUCCUGAAAUAACUAUAUGCAUCCCCAAACCAAAAUAUGUCCAUUAUGCUUGAUUGCUGGUAUGAGGUUCUAUUCCAGAAAUGCUGUGUUUGGUUUGUGCCAAGCAUUUCUACUGUGGCUAACCAACUCUAACUUUGAUUCUUCUGUCAUUUUUCCAGAAUUCCUGGAUGUUCAUUGGCAAACUGUAGUCUGACGUUCUUGUUGGACACCAACGGCGUUUUCCUGGCACACCUCACUUGCAGGUCAAAUCUGUGCAAUCUUCCUGAUUGAAGAUGCAUGCACUUUGACACCAGUGUUUUACAGGAGUUACCUGCAGAUCCUGCAAGGGGCUUCUUGGAGACUUCUUUUACUAUUCAACAGUCAGCUCUUGGGCUGAAUUUGCUGGGUUGUCUUAACACAUGGGCAUGCUGGGCAGUUGCCCAGGGUCCCUAUGGUAAUCUAUGUAUGUUGUGACUUGCUAAGUGGUUGUGUAGGUAGGGGCUCCAGUGCACUGCUUUGCCCGGGGGCCUAUAAUACUGUUAAGAGGGCUCUGCUGGAAAGUCCUGGAAAUAUUAGUAAUCGUUUGAAAUCCACACUACUUUGUAGAUGAUCUUCCUCACAGUGGAAUAAUUUGGUGAUCUUUCUAAAUCCCUUGCCAGACUCGUCGGCAUCCACAACCAUAUUUCUGUUGGCCUUGAGGGAGCUCUUUUGAUCCUGGCACGAUGACGCCACACAUGUCAAUAGCAAAGAGAACACCAGACCCUCGGUAUCUGUGGGUCCACCUGCAUACUCCCUAAGAAGAUUCUAAUCAUAGGCACCGCAUCUGGAAUACCAAAUUCUAUGUAUUUGGAUAUGAAGUCGUGAUAAAUGAAGGGCAAUCAGCAUGUUUGUUAAAUUUCAAUGAAGAAUGAAUACACCAUGUUAAUUUGAUGUGUUUUUUGUUGAAGUACGAGGGGCAUUCACAAACUUUCCCCACUUUUUAAAACUCUAAUUAUUAAGGAUUUCAAAAACAAAUUAUGGGCACUUUUCUACAUAGUCACCUUUGUUUGCAAUGCAAAUUUCCCAGCGUUGUACCAACUUUUUAAUGCCUAAUUACUACUACUCCGGCCUUCACCGUUUCCAACGAAAAUAUAAAAGUGCGGAAACUUUUUGAACACCCCUCGUAUAUCACCUAUAUAUUAUCUGUAGCUACUGCAUGAAGAUCUAAUGUUUGCCCAUUCAAAUAUGUUGAAAAAGUCAAGCUUCCACAGUAUGCACUUACUUUUUUUUACACGACUGUAUGUAAUGUCUACAAAAUGCCAUUAUUUAAAAUAGGCGACGCUUUGCUGUCUGCGUAGCCAGCAGUGCAGAGACAGUAAUGAGUAAUACGGAGCUCGGACAGAAGCCUACAGCUGUUUAAUUUCUCUGUUUAGUAUGGAUAAUUUUGCUGGAGAGCGUUUCUAUUUUUAUACAAUUUCUCUUACGGGGCCAGUAGUUAAUGGAGAUUUUGGAGACUGAACAGUUAGUAUAGACGUCUGUUCUUUUUUCUAAUGAGGCACAAAAUUGUAAAAUUUUGUACAUUGAGAUGAAAAUCUUUUACAAGAUCUAAGAGUUAGAAUUUUUUUGUAAAAAAAAAAAAAAAGAAGAUCAAGUGUUUCCCACAGUACAGUAACGCAAUACUGUUUAUACAGUAGUACUUUAUAUAAACAUUUUCUAUAUCUCUGCAAUGAAUCUGCCAAUCGGCAACCUCUACGUACGGGUCAUUUUUGUAAAUGGACUUGGUGUAUUUGGACAAAGCCAUGAAAGGGAACGAGAAAUGGAUCAAGUUUUUCACAUGUUGCCAUGUUGUGGUCUUGCACUAAAAUUAUUUUACUUUUUCCCUCAUCAAGCAACACUCAAAACCCCAGAACGACAAAGCGAAAACAGGAUUUUAGGAUUUUUGCAAAUGGGAAAUAUCCCAUUGAUGUAAAUAUUCAGAGCCUUUACUAGGACACUUAACAUCUGGCUCAGGAGCUUUCCAUCCUAUUAUUACGGUUCAGAUGUUUCUAUAGCUUGCUUGAAAUCCACCUCUGGUCAACUCAAGUGAUUGGACAGGAUUAACACUCUGAUUCAGGAGCAUCCCAUUUUGUUGGUCAUGGUUGAGAUGUUUCUACAGCUGGUUUGGAGUCCACCUGUGGACAAUUCAGUUGUUGGACAGGAUUAAGACACAUGCCUGUCUAAGGAAGGUCCCACUAUUGAGCAAAAGCAAAGCCAUCAGUUUGUCAGCAGAUCUUAGAAACAGGAUUUUGUCAAGGCACAGAUCUGGGAAAGGCUACAAAGCAUUUCUGCACCAUGGAGCAUAAUGGCCUCCAUAAUCCUUAAAUGGAACAGCCAUGACUCUUCCUAGAACUGAUGGUCAAACUGAGCAAUCACAGGAGAAAGGCUUUGGUAAUAGAGAUGACAAGAUCUCCAUGGUCACUCUGGCUGAGCUCCAGGGAACCUGUGUACAGGAUAACCAUCACAGCAACACUCUGCCUGUCUGGAUUUUAUGGCAGAUUGAGCAAAUGGAAAACUCUCCUUGCUAAAACACACCUGGAAGCUUGCUGGGAGUUCUCAAAAAGGCACUUAAAUCACUCUCAGACUGCGACAAGCAAGAGUCUCUGGUUUGAUGAAACCAAGAUUAGCAUCAAGUUUUGAAGCAACAUGGCACCUCUCUUCACGUGUGCAAUAUCAUUCUAACAGUGAGGCAUGGUGAUGGCAACAUCAUGCUGUUGGGUUGUUUUUAAGUGGCUGGUACUGGGAGACUAGUGAAGGUUGAGGGAAUGCUGAAUGAAACAACGUACCAAAAUAUCCUUAAUGAAAACCUGAUCCUGAGUGGCGCGGGCCUUAGACUGGACUGAAGGUUAAUCUUCCAACAGGACAAGGACCUCAACGGGCACAAAGCAAAGACAUAGGGAAGGGAACAACUCUAGGGAAGUCCUUAAGUUGCCAAGAUUUGAACCCAAUCAAACAUGUCUGGAUAAACAGCUAUCCAUCGACCAUCUCCAUCCAACCUGACAGAGCUUGAGAGGAUUCAAGACAAGAACGGCAGAAAAUCUCCAAAUCCAGAAGUGCAAAGCUUUUCACAUCACACCCAAGAAGACUUCAGGCUGUAACGGUUGCCAAAAGUGCUUCAUCUAGGUACUGAGUAAAGGGUCUGAAUACUUACUGUAUGUCAUGGAGAUAUUUCAGUUUUAUCUCUAUUAUAAUAAAAAAAAUCUUGGGAGGAGAGACGGAAUGUGACUUUCUCAGAGAGACACUUUCAUGUCUCGCGAGAUGAGACUUUGUGCCAAGUGAUUUAACCACGCCCGGGGCCAGAAAUAAAAGACUUCAUAAAGAAUUCAAAAACGUUAGUGCGAUACACAUGCAGAGCAGGUUAGAGAUAAUAAAAGUAUGAAAAUUCGAAAGCAUCAAAACAAUGAUAGUAAAGAUCACAUUAGCGCAAACAAACGGAAAUUAUUACUCGGUGAAAUAACGGAACAGCAAAACGAGAUCCAAUAUAUUGUUCGGAUUUAAACUUUAAGUCAGAGACUUGUAGAUCAUCUAAUUCGUGUUGCCAUCAGGGAAAAGUAGUGCUUCAUCCCAAUGAAGAGGCGUAUCCAUGAGAAUUAAAAGAUUGGGUGUUUGGUGAAAGUGAAACCCACAUACGCUGUCACGCUUCAGUCAGAGUUGCACAGAUACACAGGAGAUUUUAGACACAGAAACAUUAUUCAAACACUUCAAACAAACAGAAGUCUCUUUCAGGAGUGAAUUGAGCAUCGUGUGUAGUUGGAGGGGACAGUUCCGUCUCUCAAUUAAAAGAAUAGAAAAUCUUCCUCUUCAUAGAGGUGCACCUAGGGAGUGGAUGUCUGGGGGAGAAGAGAGACAAGGCAGCGAGAUAAAAGGGCAGCUGCUGUACAGGCUUUUAAAUGUUCGAAGCGCCGUGUGAAAUGCAGAUCAUGUGGCACAGCAGCAGCAGCAAACCAGCAGCUGAUCGAGCAAAGAGGAGGUUAAAAAAAAAAAAAAACUAUUAGUUUCCCAUUGUAUCACCGUUUAAGAGGGGGUUUCUGAGGGGCGACCGCGUCUCUUUGGGGUGCGUUCAGCCCCCCUCUUCACAAUGCAAGUGGCAGAAACGUGUUGGCGAGCAAAGCGGGCAGGGGCAAAGCCCCCUAGUAUUUUUAAUAAAUCUCCAUAAAUUUCUAAAGUCCUGUUUUUGCUUUGUCAUUCUAGGGUAUUGAGUGUUGUCUGAUGAGGGGAAAAAUGAAUUUGAAAGAUUUUAGCCCAAGGCUGCCACCUAGCAAAAUGUGUAAAAAGUGAAGGGGUCUGAAUAUGUUCUGAAUCCAUUGUACUGCACAUCUAUAUAAAUAAAGCUAUCUUGGCGUCUA